UACUGUCAAUUGACAUCCAAGACUCCCGUAAAUGCGACGAGAUGAAAGCUAACGUUGGCUAUAUUUUUAAUACCCGCUUCUCUCUCGCUUCCUUAGCUGUCGGUACAGUGUUUUCCAGCUGGUGAAUCUGCCAGUUAGUCUGCUAGAACCGCCUGUAACAGUGACUUCAGUUGCAAUGAGAAUGGAUCGAUUCACGUUGCUAAAGGAGCCAAGAAUGGAUUGAGGUGCGGUAGCUAGCGUUAGCCGGCUAGCCAUGGAGGGAGACAGAGGAGCCUGUGACUUUGUCUUGUUAGACUCUAAUCCGUAAAAUGACGUGAUAUUAGUUACUCACCAUAACUGCUCAGCCCACGCAUGUAAGUGUUAUUAGUGCGCCAGUACUAUGCUGCGCACACGCCCUGAAUAUGUCUGUUCUGCAUAUACCGCAGAUUUGGUUGUCAGUACAUAGACCCCAUUCUGCUGUUUUCACCCUAAUACACUAAACUAUAAUAAUCUAAUUUUAGCAAUCUAAUGUAGGUUUUUUUGAAAGCUAGUCCCACUAAACUACAGUCAAAGUUUCUAUUUACUUAGGUGUUACAUUAUUUAUCUUCCCCUAAAAGAUCUACUGUGAGGCAGACAUCCUGCAGUCGAGUGUUGCCACUUUGACUAGUUCCUCCUCAGUCAUAUGGGAAACUGCAUCCCUGGCUGUAGCAGGACUGCUGUAGGUCAACCAUGGGAGGUUCAGUGUCUUGCUGUAUCUCUCCUGGAGAGAGUCCCAAGAUCCACAGGAGAGAGGUGGAGCUCGAGGAGUGUCCCAUCACCACCACUGAAGACGUGAGCGAAGACACCGGGACCUACCUGCAGCACAUCAGCGACAGGGAGCUCCCAGAUGAACUGGCUCAGGAGGCCAACCCAUCAGACCACCCCAGAGCCAGCACCCUCUUCCUAAACAAGUCGCAGACAGACGUACGUGAGAAAAGAAAAAGCAACUACAUGAAUCAUACAUCCCCAGGGCUCCUGACAAAAAAGUACAGUUCUUGCUCAACAAUAUUUAUCGAUGACAGUACAGUCAGCCAACCCAACCUCAAGAGCACCAUCAAAUGUGUUGCACUGGCCAUAUACUAUCACAUAAAAAACAGAGAUUCAAACCGCUCCCUGGAUAUAUUCGAUGAGAAGAAGCACCCUCUGUCUCGAGAAAAGGUUCCAGAUGACUACUCUGUGAUCGACCCAGAACACAAACUCAUCUACCGCUUCAUAAGAACGCUUUUCAGCUCUGCGCAGCUCACUGCUGAGUGUGCCAUUGUCACUCUGGUGUACCUGGAAAGGUUGUUGACUUAUGCUGAGAUGGACAUCUGUCCUUGUAACUGGAAACGCAUCGUUCUCGGUGCAAUCCUGCUGGCCUCAAAGGUCUGGGAUGACCAGGCAGUGUGGAAUGUCGACUACUGCCAGAUUCUCAAAGAUAUCACAGUGGAGGACAUGAAUGAGAUGGAGCGUCACUUCUUGGAACUGCUCCAGUUUAACAUCAACGUCCCAGCUAGUGUCUACGCCAAGUAUUAUUUUGACCUGCGCUCACUGGCUGACGACAACAACCUCAGUUUCCCUCUGGAGCCACUCAGCAACAAGCGGGCCCAAAAGCUGGAAGCUAUCUCCAGGCUGUGUGAGGACAAGUACAAGGACCUAAGCAAAUCUGCAAUGAGGAGGUCUAUCAGUGCAGACAACCUGGUUGGCAUCAAGAACGCCCAGGCAGUGCUGUCUUAAGUCUGCAAUCUUAAAUCUAGCGAGGAGAUAGAACACCUGGUUUCAAGUUAAGCUACAAAACAUGAUGCUACAUUCUUUGAGAGACUCUUCCAAAGUAGAUUAAGGUAAUAUCUGAAAAGCUUCAUUACAAAAUUUGAAAUGUUCAUUUUGGAAAGUAACAAAACAUAUGAAGCUUAUCAUACACUCUCACGAAAAUAUCAUGACUCCCAUCGCUAAGCGUUCAUUACAAGGAACUUCAGCUAUUUGCCUUGAAAGCAUGGUAAUACGGGAAAAAAAAUUGCAGACGAACAUUUUUUUUCAAAAGUGGAUGGAAUUGGAAGGAAUCGCCAUGAAAAUGCUUGCUGAAACCACAAACAUUGAGGAUGUUGUCUUUUUAUUACAUCAGCCAGUGUUUUGCAGAGUAAUUUGUGGCUACAGCCCUUUUCUGUCACCAGCUGUGUCCCUUCUCCUGCAUUCACAUGAAGACAAACUGUCUCGAACUACCCUGUGGUGUAGUUCUGCACUUGGACAAAGAGUAGACUUUGUUUUGCUUACUAUGUAGGCCCCUAUAGCUGUGAAAUGUACAAGACUUUAUUUAAUUCAAAUAAAUUUCAUUCACUGUUUAAAGUUGAA